GGUCGGUCCCGUUGAGAUACAAUGACCUCAUUUUCAAGGGAAGCCUGGCCAAGACAGCAGCAUAGAAAAAUUGCAACGGUCACAAGACACAACAGAAAUCACAUAUUACUUGGAAUUACUUGGAUUUGUCAUGUUUUAUGGAUUCUGUACUGUUGCUGUACAUUGGUGGUUAUACACACCCGGUCCUUUGGGGGCGUCAAUGUCCUGGAGUUGUUUACCAACUAACAAAAACAGAAGAAGAAGAAAAAGAAAGCUGCGCAGAGAGCUGCGCAGUGGCCGUUUCUUCAAUCAUGGAUGAUGGAGGCGAAUGUUUUGAUGGAGUCUAGGGACAACAAAAAAGCUCCGCUUUUGUGCUGUAAACCACAGCUGCUGCCUCAGCCGAUGUCAUAUUAUGUGCAGUAAGAGAUCUGAGACGAAUUUUCUUUGACCCAGCCGGAAAAGGCCCAGUUAGCUGACACCGUCUGCUGCAGUGGCCUAGCUAACGUUAGCUAGCGUUGUUGAGUGAGCUCACUGCGCGGCCCUCUUUCAACCCGAUGUGUGCUCUUCAUACCACAGCUCCACCGGGACUUAUUUCAGCACCUUUAUAGUUACAUGUAUAGAAGAGUAUCGUACCUUUUUAAUAGAAGUUAGUUCGUCGGAAAGUGUGAGUACGGCUUCCUGAGACCAACCCCAGGGGGAGUGGUUAUCCACGACCAAGAGUUCCUGCACUAUUCUAUUCUUUAAUAUUGCCAGCAUGUCUUUAGUCGCCUAUGGCAGCAGUGACGAGAGUGACUCGGAGGAAACCUCGACUUCUGCCGCACCGCAGAGCAAAGGGCUCUUCUCGAUGCUCCCUGCGCCUAAAAAGCCAAGAUCGACAGGAGGAAGCGGGGGACCGAGAAAAGAGAUUAAAGCUUUCCGUUCACCGGGGAACAGCACGUCCAACGAUGACCUGACGGUAGAUCCGAAGUCAUCUAAAGGAGGCUUAUUUUCUAGUCUGCCUAAGCCGAGGAAGCGAACAGAGCCUGUCAAGAUCACUGUACCACAGAUCCAGAGACGGGAUUCAGACUCUGACGAUGAUGAUGAACCAGCAAAGAAGAAAGUACAACCUCAGGGUUCAGGCCUUUUCUCUCUUCUACCACAACCCAGAAACAUGACAGUGAAGGCGAUGUCCAGAUCCCUGGUUCCUCACACACUCACCAAGCGCCAAGGACCCAAGCCUGGAAAGCCCACUCAGGGUCUGCUCGGUUCUAGUUCAUCUCCCUCUGCUAUCAAAGCUGCGGCAAAGUCAGCCGCCCUGCAGCUGGCUCGACAAAUAGCCACCGACGACCAGGAUAAAGAGGAGGACAUGACUCCACAGAACUACUUUUCUCUAUGCGAGAGCUCCCAGCCUCUCCCUGCAGUCGUCCCAAGCUUAGACCCUGAGCCAGGAGCCCCCGCGGAACCUCUUGCACUUGCCCCUGCAGAACCUCUUGCACUUGCCCCUGCAGAACCUCUUGCACUUGCCCCUGCAGAACCUCUUGCUCUUGCCCCUGCAGAUGAGCCGGGUCAGUCAGAUGCCCCGCUCGAUUUUGGAGGGAACCAUGAGGGAGCUGGUCCAUGGGGAGGUCAAUAUCCUCCAUAUCAACAGGCCAUGGAAGGCCCCGAAGCUCUCCCUCAGGGAUACUAUAAUGAGCCAUUCUUCCAAGAUCCUGAAACCGGAUCGGCAGAAGCUGAAGAGCCUGGCAGCUCUGCCAUGUUUGAGGAUGAAGCGUUCAUGCGGCUGCAAGGGAAACGGAACAGGGGAAAAGAGGAGGUCAAGUUCCUGGAGAUCAAAGGAGACGACCAGCUAAGUGGCAACCAGCAGUGGAUGACCAAGAGCAUGACGGAGGAGAAGCAGACCCGCCAGUCCUUCAGCAAGAAAAAUAAAGAACAGCCUACAGGACAACAGCGACGCAAGCAUCAGAUAACAUAUCUCAUUCACCAGGCAAAGGAACGCGAGUUGGAGCUGAAGAACAGCUGGGCAGAUAACAAGCUAACCCGCCGGCAGACACAGGCCAAAUACGGUUUCUAAAUGUCAUACUGUGGACUCUUGGUGGCACGUGGAAACCCUGCAUCAGAAAGUAGGAUAGAGCUUUUCCAGAUUUCCCCACACACUUGUGGAAAACUGGUGUUUGGGGAGAAACCAUACACACCGUAAUACAGAUUUUUCCCUCCUGUAUUUGUGUUAAAUUGUUAUUAUUCAGUAGUUCCUUUGCUCAACUGUUUCAUACGGUGUUACUUUUGUACGGAAAAUCCAGCCGCUGUCGUUAACCUUCCUUUCCCAGUAAUUUACAUUAAAUAUAGGCUCUAUAUCUACAAAUGACAAUACAACCGUGUUUGUAAGGCACCUUUGGCCAGUCAGUGGCAGAGAUGAUAUAUUGUGACCCUCAAGUGGCUAUUUUAAAUGUUUUUCCUUUGGAAGUGUACGUUUCCUGUUCAUGCGGCAAACAUUUACGAACUUCUCCUGUUUAGUGAUGAAUACAAACACCUCCACAACACAGGUUUGGUUCUCUGGCAGUCGCACAAAUGUUCAUAAAAUGUUGCCUUUUGAUGAGAAAUGGACUGGAGGCGAUAGAAAGAUGUGACGCAUUACAUAUUUUUGUAAUAACGAAUAAAGAUGUUGGAAUACAUAUGCUGCAGUUGCUCACAAAGACUCAUUAAAGUAAGGAUGUAAAGUUU